AUGGGAGGGGUAGAAGAAGAAAUAGUAGUGGAGUGCUACCCGUUGAGGGUUUAUACUCGAAAUGAUUUCUAUAUGAACAGACCUUCUUUGUCAAUGAGAGGAAAAGAGUUUUUUAGACAUAUCUACCAUCCAAUCGAAGGACCACAUGUGUUGGUGAACCAGACGGUAGUGCAGGAACAUACAUAUGAAUGCAAUGUCCCUUUACCGGCGAGUGCUAUGCGUAGCAUAGAGCAUCUUCAACAAAGCAUUGCUGCAGCGGAACCUCCGGUGAAUGAACGAAUCAUAAACCCUCAAUUUAUGCAUCUUAAUGAGACUUGGGAGGAAGUUGUUCAUGUCCUCUCUCAACAUGUCAAUAACACUGGAGCGUUAACGGGACGAGACCCGUUCAUGGUGGAAGCUGAAGACGCUUUUGGCACAAUAUACCUCAUAAGAGAGGAAAAUGGGUGGAGGAGUGGAGACUGGCGCCAAUACCAACCUCCGCAGGAUGAGGAAACAAAUUGUAACAUUUGUGGAGACGAUAUCACUCAAGCUCCAGGGGAUGUCUUUUUGGGCUCCAUAGAUGCGCUCACAUAUUCCACCAAGCAUGCCUUUUGA